CCAAAUCUUACUCAAAUUGUGAUAAAAUACAUUUCUGGAAAAAACAAAGUAGUACAGUACUUUUCUAUCAAUGAGGCAUUGCUAAGGACAAACUACAACCUUAAAGACAGCUCACAACUGGAAAUCCAACAAAGAACUUAUGACUCUGUUCAUGCAAUUGACACCUCAUUCGUUAAACUUUUUGUCUAUAUUUCCUUUUUCUCACAUCAACUGUGUGGAACUUCAAGAAUGGUAACUAAUUUUUUUUAACCAAUAACCAUGAUUCUUGAAUGAAUUAAUGCUACUUGUUACUAUUUAAAAGCUCCAAACUUAAAGUACAUACACUUUGACAAAAAUCAGAAACUUACCCUUUUGAUUUCACACACUUAUUCUUCACUUGUGCAUUCUUUUCCCCAACCACAAGCUUAUGACCUUGUUCAAAGAGGGUGAAGCUGAGUAGGUUAACAGCCAAUGGGCUUCCCAUCAUUCUUGAUAAUCUUUCUGGCACUGUGUCCUGCAUUUCUGGCACAAAUAAUUGAAGAUACAACAUUUGUGAUUGAUGGAACUGUAAAAAUUGCUGAGACAGAUGAUAAUUAUGUUUGCGCUACCCUUGACUGGUGGCCUAAAGAAAAAUGCAACUACAACGAUUGCCCUUGGGGCUUGGCAUCUCUGAUAAAUCUGGAUUUGUCUCACCCCUUUCUAGCAAAUUCUAUUCAAGCUUUCAAACAUUUGAGAUUACGGCUUGGAGGUUCUUUGCAAAACCGAAUACUAUAUGAUGUUGGCAAUUUGGAGUCUACUUGUCACCCAUUUACCGAGCAGGAGGAUGGGUUGUUUGGAUUUUCAAAGGGAUGCUUAUAUAUGGAUAGAUGGGAUGAGCUAAAUAGGUUUUUCAAUAAGACGGGAGCACUUGUAACCUUUGGCCUGAAUGCAUUGCGAGGGAGGCAGCGGACCGGUAAGCGUGUCUGGAAAGGGAAUUGGGAUUCCAGCAAUGCCUAUGAUUUCAUAAGUUACACUAGCUCCAAGGGCUACCAAAUACACUCAUGGGAAUUUGGAAAUGAGUUGAGUGGUAGGGGGGUUGGUGCAAAGGUUGACGCUGAACAAUAUGGAAAAGAUGUUAUCCAUCUUAAAAAUCUCAUAGACCAAUUGUAUAAGCAUUUCCAACCUCGACCACUUCUCUUAGCACCAGGAGGAUUCUAUGAUAAAGAGUGGUAUGACACGUUCCUUGAGGUGUCAGGGACAGGCACUGUCGAUGCCUUGACUCAUCAUAUAUAUAAUCUUGGUCCAGGAUCUGACCUCAAUCUCGUAAGCAAAAUUUUAAAUCCUCUGCACUUAAAUAAAAUUGCUGAGACAUUCAGUAAUCUUACUCAAACCAUUGAAAUGACUGGUCCUUGGACUUCAGCUUGGGUCGGAGAAUCUGGUGGGGCGUUUAAUAAUGGAGCUCCUGACGUGUCUAACACCUUUGUGAACAGUUUUUGGUACUUGGAUCAGCUUGGGAUGGCAGCCAAGUAUCACACUAAAGUAUAUUGCAGACAGACCUUCAUAGGCGGAAACUAUGGGCUCCUUGACACAAGCACAUUUGUCCCAAAUCCUGAUUAUUAUAGUGCGCUUCUUUGGCAUCGGCUGAUGGGAAAAGAAGUUCUUGAUGUUAGCAGCAAUGCGUCACUAUAUCUGCGCUCUUAUGCCCACUGUACAAGACAUAGAGAAGGUGUGACAUUACUUUUGAUCAAUCUAAGCGACCAAACUCAUUAUGGAGUCACCAUCGAAUCUACUGCAAGCAUCACCUUGCACGUCAAAGAGAAAUCAAAUCACAAGAGUUCUUUCGUGCAUCGUCUUAAGAAAACUAUUGCAUGGCUUGGAAGCAAAUCAUCAGACGUUACAUUAUCACGAGAAGAGUACCAUCUGACACCACAAGAUGGGGACCUUCAAAGCAGAACCAUGCUGUUGAAUGGAAAACCAUUACAACUCACAGAAAAUGGAGAUAUCCCAAGUUUGUCUCCAGUCCUUGUAAACCUUAAGUCUCCAAUAUCAGUUCUCCCCUUGUCCAUCAAAUUCAUAGUACUCCCCUACUUAAGCUCUCCUGGUUGUAGUUAAGGAUUAGGAGAUACUUGUGCCUAAUAGCUAUACUCUGGCACUCUAUCCAUUCUUACUUGUAUAAACUACUAUAAUAAACUGAGUGGCCAAUUUGUUUCUGCAUAUAAGUUCUGGCCAAGAUGAUUGAGAAAGAUUCAACCAAUUUGAAUUGAUCACAUCACAAUAGUAGUAGUGUAAAAGCCAAGUCAGGGGGCAGCUACAGUUAUGUAUUAUAUGGUUAGACUAGACAAACCCCUCUCCCUACUAGUGUUUCCAGCAACAUGUGCCUUGUAAUGUAAGCUGUCUAUAAACUAGCAGAAUCAGAAAUAAUCAGUUUCCUCUUGGUUUA